AUGGCAGCAUGUAAUUCAGAUGACGAUACAAUGAGCAAUGGAACUUCUCAUCAUGUUACUAAUGCUCUUGAAUUUAUGACAGAAGAAGAAGGUAAAGAGUUUCAGGAAUUCAGAAGGAGUAUCGGAAUUGUUGGAACAUUUACAAAACAGAUGGUCAAGAUGGCGAUUGAACAGUUAAAACCUGAAUUUGAAAAAAUGGCAGUAAAAGCAGCAGAACAAGCAUUUGAAAACAAAAUGACAAAGGUUAGAGAACUGCAAGAAGAACUGAACAAGAGAGAACGGGAACUCAAACAACUCCGUCUUGAAAAGAAAAUUCUUCAAGCCAAACUCGAUAAGGAACGAGUUGUCAAAAGUAGACCUGAUUCUGUUGAAACAAAAGAAAAAGAACUUAAAAGAAUGGAAGCAGACAUCAGUAAUUUAAAAAUGAAACUAAGAAAGACCACAGAUGAUUUAAAGCACGAGAAGGACCGUUUGUCUGAAGAAGAGAAAAAACGACUAGAGCUGGAGAGUACACUACAAGCUGAUGUAGAGCGACUUCGAAAAGAACUUGACAGGGUGAAAGGCCAAUUGGGUCAACUGAGGUCAGCUAAAAAUGUUGGAGAUGAUGAAACCAGAAAACUAAGAGAAAGAGAGCGACAGCUUUUGGAUGAAAUGGAGAUGAUUCGAAAGCAACAACCUCGUCUCCAUAAAAGAAAAUUGUUUGCAUAAAUUUCAACACACACAAAAAGAAAUAGCAGUAAUGAUUUAAGUAACUAUUUACAAUUAAUUUUGUCAUGUGGUAUUAUCAACAUUUUUAUAAAGACAAUGUAUGCGGUUUAAUUUUCUACACACAGAUUAUUAAGGGUACAUAAUUAAACACCACUGAAUCAAUUAUAUAUAGAUAUACUCAUAAAUCUCACCAAUUUAUUCAUUGUAAUCGAAAGCAUAUUUUGCAAAGUUUAAAAGUGUUACUUUUUAGAAUUGUUCGAAUAGUACAAUAAAGUUUUGUUUGAUUGUA